AUGUACGUUAAGGUAAUAUCGACGUUUGCAUCUGUUGUCAUUCUAGUUUUUGCAUCUUUAUCACCAUUUCUAGGAUUAAAGAAGAAGUCUACAGAGUAAGUUAACUCGACUCUUGAUUCUUACUGAUUUUAGGUAUUUAAAUUCAUCACUUGCAUCUAUAUUUAACUGCUUUGCUUGUGGUAUAUUCUUGUCAACAUGUUUCCUGGGGUUGUUUCCGCAUCUUCAGAUGAACGAAGCGACGAUAAAGAAGAAUCUGAAUAUAUCGACUACAGUAGAAUCCCAUUCUGCCCAACAGAUAUUACUGGACACUAACUUAGUGGUGCUGGCUGGCUUUCUACUGAUAGUUAUACUAGAGCAGAUAACGGGAACAUGUACUUCGGGACAAAAUAAGUCUACCAACGACGCCAUGAUAUCAAUGUCUAAAAAAAGAACAGAGCAGAGCUCUUCUAAUCGACAAGAUAGUCAGCCUUUGGUCGAUUUGACGGAUUCCGAUUCUGACAACGAUGAUUUUGGGAGAAUCGAGUUCAGGUCGGUGGAGAAUGAGGAUCAGGAAUGUCAUGGAGGACAUUCGCAUAAUAUUUCGCUGUCGAACAAGUCACCACUACACGUGUUUCUGUUGAUAUUCGCUUUGUCCAUUCACUCCAUUUUUGAAGGAAUUGCCCUGGGGGCACAGGUGGGUAAUUAUGACUUCUUAGUAUUGUAACUUUGAUUUCUGAAAAUUUUUUGUAUAGGGCUAGAACUAAACAUUUGUUUACAGCAAUCUGAUGAUGCUUUUGUCAAGUUUUUGAUAUCGGUAAUGCUACACGAAGUGCUAUGUUCAUUUGCUUUUGGGGUUAAAUUAGCCCAACAAAGCGUAUCGCGGAGUUUUGGGUUGGUGUUGAUUAUUUACUUGUCUGUAUCAAUACCUAUUGGAAUGGUUUUGAUGGAAUGUGUAAGUACCUUCUUAAUGAAUAUAAUCAUUACUUUUUUAAAUCAUUGUACAUAUACAAAUCAUAAAAUUUAAUAUUAAACCGCCUUGUUUAGAUAUCAUUGUUCGAUUCUACUACGUCUGCCAUAAUGAAGUUUGUAUUGGAGGGUUUUGCUGCAGGUAUCUUCAUCUACGUGGCCUGCAUUGAGAUGCUGGCACCUGAACUCGAGGAUCAUAAGAUUGGCCUUAAGAAGGCCCUUUCUCUGUUCACUGGAUCUUUUGUUUUCUUUGUUUUUAAUUAUCUUUUACAAUAGUUUUUACGGGUUCGUCAUUAACUUUGGUCUCACGCUUACUAACAUUCGACAUUAUAUACUAAACUUGGUGUAACAUAAAUAUAUAGAUGUGUGAUAUACAUAAACAUGGUACUAGUCGCUACGAAUAAAUAUGGUACUAAGCUAGUAAAUUAUUGUGCCAGUUUAAUGAUUCAAAAUAAAUAAAUCACCUUAUUGUUGUGGCUGGGCGGUCUUUAAACAAGUUGUUGUGUGUUGAUGACAUUCGAUAUCUCGGUAUAUAGCAUUAGCACAAAAUAAUAUCCUUUUCAAAGUUUAAUGACAAUAAGUCUUUGUUCUAUUUACCUUCAAUUUAUAAUUUGAAAAUUUACCUUGACAUAACUGUUGCAAAAUGUCACGAUUGAUUUUGGAAAACCAAUUUUUUAAAUGAUUUUUUAUUAAAGGACCAGUCCGGAUAACUUCUUUUGUCGCAAAGAUUUUUUCGUUUUGGCUGUUGAACUUUUUCGCGCCAAACAUGAGCGGGUACACUGGAUAAAUGAUUUCCUUUAUUCCAAAUCGACUCGCUCACGUUUUGCGUCAAAAAAGUUCGCGCUUCCCUGAUUGCCUGAUCUGUUGCAGAAAAGCCUGACAAAAGACUUAUCCAAACUGGUCCUUUAAUAUUUUGUAUUCAGUAAUCCUUUAUCAGCUUUGAAUACAAGUUUCAUGGAAUUGUCAGAAGAAGUCAUCAGAUGGAACGAUUUGUCUUUUUUUACAGGAAUUUAUAAGGAUAUUGGGUAAGUUGUGUUUAAGUGAUUUCUUUUAAGCAAGAUCAUAACAUUUUUAGUGGAACACCACGAUGUGAGUUUUAUGAAGUUAAUUCUUCGUUUGGGAUGAAGUCUCAGAAGGCAGCAUCAAAAAAGAACAAACGGUUAUCUCCACAUGACUUCAUAAACAAGGUAACCAUCAUUGUUGGUGUUAAAACUGUCAUUUCUAGGAAUGUGAUUAUCUAUUAGAGACGUGCUCUAAGUAUCUUAACGAGCCGGAAGAGUAUGACUACUGUGGGAAUCAGAAGGCGGUGGAGAUGGUAAUGAAUGAGCCCAUAUUUUCUUCAUGUACAACCUCAACAUGCAGUUUAGGGUAUCAUGAGCUUCAAAACAAAGAGUAAGUGUUAAUCAUGGGUAAUAAAAUCAUAUAUUGACCUAUCAGUUCAGCUAUGUCAACUCGUAUAUCUCAGUUUAGUUAUAUCACUUUGAGGUGAUAGUGACGUAAUUCAAACGUAUGUUAUGACCGAAUUAGCAGAUUGUUUCACUGAAGAUUACAUUUUGUUUUCAGAGUAUUAAAACACGGAAGAGAAGAAGCUGAGAUGAAUAGCAAUACGGCUGAUAAAACAAUAUUGGUAACGUGCAAUGGGAGACAAUACUACGUGCCAGCACAAUCUCGGUUUAUCAUAAGUGAUGUGGCUGUGUGUCGUCAUUUACUAUAUCGUAAGCAUACUUUUUAUUACUUAAUUGUUUUUUGUAGUAGUACUGUAGUAGUAUUUGUAGUUUUCUUUUUACUUUUUGUAUGUAUUUAUUUUGAUACCUAAUUAAAGAAUUGAGUACAAUAACUUGAAGUUAAUACUUUUAGGUAACGAGGUGUUCGAUUGUAUUGUAAUGGACCCAGCAUGGCCAAACAAGGCGGUUAGACGACAGAAAACGUAAGAAUAUGAUAUUCACCAUGAUGACAAACGUGUUUAGGUAUAUUGAAACGAACUUCGAUGUUAUCAAUAACAUCCCCAUCAACGGACUGCUGGCUGAUGAUGGAAUUGUUAUGAUUUGGGUCACAAAUGCGCUCAGCGUGCGCGAUUGGACGGCUGAGUUUCUGCAAAACUGGGGUCUGGUUCAAUGUGGGGAGGUGUUUUGGGUGAAGGUGAGAUUGUAGUUGGUUGCCGUAGCAAUAGUUAAUUACGUAAGAAGGUGUCAUACAAUUUCGUACGAGAUACGAAAGCGAAACAGUACAUUUUUGGAAAAGGAAAUUAGUUUUUUUUUGUAGUUUGGUUGAAAAGUAUAAAUCGAAAUUAUGCUAAUAUUUUCAUUUUUACCGAAAUCGUUUUGUAUUAUCCUUUCUAAGCACUUUUCGACAAAAAAAUUGUUUUAGUAAAAUACUGUGGAGCUAUUUUAUAGCAACAAUUCUUCAGACUACAAAGAAUGGGGCUCCAACUACACCAUUCAACCGGCUGCACAAAAUGCCAUACGAAAAAGUAAUCAUGGCGGCCAGAGAUGACCAUGCUAUAGAGCACCGUAAAAUACUGUCGUCUCAAGUUAUUAUAUCAGUACCUCACAUCAGUCCGUCCAGAAAACCUCCAGUAGCUCAUAUUCUGAAGGAAUGGCUCAAGUGGACUAAAGGACUGGAAUUGUUUGGUCGUUACCUACUGCCAGACUUUCUGACCGUCGGCGAUCAAGUCUUGAAGUUUCAGGAUGGAUAUUAUUUUGAAGUGCAGGAUAAAUAA